AUAAAAACAUAUCCAUCCAACGAUUGACUCCACCUUAGCACAACCUCUUUAAGGUAAUAAUUACACUAUGCCUUCAAAUCCAAGGAAUUCAGAUCUUACACACAAAAUUAGACACAACCCAUUUCAUAUCUAACCUUAAAAUCAAGCUACAAUGAGAAAAGUAAUGAUUUUGAUGCUUUUUGUGAUUCUGGGUCAUGCUGUUUUCACUGUGGAAUCUGCUUAUAAGGCACCAUGGAGGAUCCACACACUGUUUUCAGUUGAAUGUGGAAACUACUUCGAUUGGCAGACAGUUGGAUUGAUGCAUAGUUUCAGAAAGGUGAAGCAACCUGGACAUAUUACGAGGCUUCUUAGUUGUACUGAUGAGCAGAAGAAGAGUUAUAGAGGGAUGCAUUUAGCUCCCACUUUUGAAGUUCCUUCUAUGAGUAUACAUCCUGUGACUGGUGACAGGUACCCUGCCAUAAAUAAACCUGCUGGGAUUGUACAUUGGCUCAAACAUAGUGAAGAUGCAGAAAAUGUCGACUGGGUUCUCAUUCUGGAUGCAGACAUGAUAAUCCGUGGCCCAAUUAGACCUUGGCAAAUUGGCGCAGAGAAAGGAAGACCUGUUGCAGCAUAUUAUGGGUACUUAAUAGGUUGUGACAAUAUUUUGGCUCAACUCCACACGAAACACCCCGAACACUGUGACAAAGUCGGUGGGCUUUUGGCGAUGCAUAUAGAUGACCUGCGAGCUUUGGCACCGAUGUGGCUGUCAAAAACAGAAGAAGUUCGGCAAGAUAAGGCCCACUGGGGAGCAAACAUAACCGGUGACAUAUAUGAGAAAGGAUGGAUCAGUGAGAUGUAUGGAUACUCUUUUGGUGCUGCAGAAGUUGGGCUCCGACACAAGAUCAAUGAUAACAUAAUGAUAUACCCUGGUUAUGCUCCCCAGGAGGGUGUUGAGCCAAUUCUUCUCCACUAUGGGCUGCAAUUUAGUGUAGGGAAUUGGUCAUUUAGUAAGGCUGAUCAUGACGACGACGACAUUAUUUAUAAUUGUGGACGGCUCUUUCCUCAACCUCCUUAUCCUAGAGAGGUGAAUGUCUUGGAAACUGACGCAAAUCUACGACGAGGACUACUUUUGAGUAUAGAGUGCAUGAACAUUUUAAAUGAAGGUCUAUUGUUACACCAUGCAUCAAAUGGCUGCCCUAAACCACCAUGGUCUAAAUACUUGAACUAUUUAAAAAGUGGAACCUUUGCUAAACUAACUCGACCGAAAUUUGCGACUCCUGCUACUUUAGAAAUGAUGGAGGAUAAAAUUCAAGAACAGGUUGAUCAUGAUCCUGCCAGGCCAUAUCCGAAAAUCCAUACUGUUUUUUCCACUGAAUGCAGCUCAUACUUUGAUUGGCAGACAGUCGGACUUAUGCAUAGUUUCCAUUUAAGUGGACAGCCCGGAAAUAUCACUAGGCUUCUCAGCUGCUCCGAUGAGGACUUAAAGCUAUACAAAGGCCGUAACUUGGCUCCCACACAUUACGUUCCUUCUAUGAGUCAACAUCCAUUAACAGGCGAUUGGUACCCGGCAAUUAAUAAACCAGCUGCAGUCCUCCAUUGGCUUAAUCAUGCAAAUAUUGAUGCUGAAUUCAUAGUGAUUCUUGAUGCCGAUAUGAUAAUGAGAGGCCCAAUUACACCAUGGGAAUUCAAAGCUGCAAGGGGCAAGCCUGUUUCAACACCCUAUGACUACCUUAUUGGCUGUGACAAUGAGCUUGCAAAAUUACAUACUAGUCAUCCUGAGGCUUGUGACAAGGUUGGUGGCGUAAUUAUUAUGCAUAUAGAUGAUCUGCGCAAAUUUGCUCUACUCUGGCUGCAUAAAACUGAGGAGGUUCGAGCUGACAGAGCUCAUUAUGCCAGAAAUGUAACAGGAGACAUUUACGAAUCUGGCUGGAUUAGCGAGAUGUAUGGUUACUCGUUUGGCGCAGCAGAGUUGAAAUUAAGGCAUACUAUAAACAGAGAGAUAAUGAUAUAUCCGGGAUAUGUUUUCGAACCUAGCAUAAAAUAUAGAGUUUUCCACUACGGAUUGCCAUUUGGUGUUGGGAACUGGAGUUUUGACAAGGCCAAAUGGCGAGAAAUCGACAUGGUCAACAAAUGUUGGGCCAAAUUUCCAGAACCACCAGAUCCAUCAAGUCUCAACCGUGACGAUGAGAAGAGUUUUCAGCAAAACCUUCUCAGUAUAGAAUGUAUCAAGACACUGAAUGAAGCACUGGAUCAACAUCAUGAGAGAAGGGGGUGCAAUAGAGAUAGUUCCUUGUCGACAUCAAAAGGGGUCACUAAAGAGGAAAGUGUAAUCUCAAAGAAAUUUGAUGUAAAAGGAAAACAUAUGUUAGAAAAUGAUUCAGAUGAAUUUGCUAGUGUUCAUAAUGAUAAAAUGGCGAUACCUAGUUCUUUUAGGUUUUGGGUGUUAUUUUUCUGUGUAUUUUCUGGAUUAGGUUUCUUGGUAGUGAUUUUUUGGGUGCAUUCAGGUCAUAAAAGAAAAGGAAUGAAAAUGAAACACCAUAGAGUCAGAAGAAGAAGCUUGUAUACAUGAUGCAUUUUUUGGCCUCUAUGUACCACUAGUAAUUUUUGCUUCUAUAUUGCUUAUUUUUUUUUCAUAUAUAAAAAUAAAUUGUUUUGUAAUGAAAAUUGUGUAAUGAAAUGUUUUUUUUCGCCUUGAUGUACCUCUAGUAUUUUUUGGCCUUGAUUAUACAUAAUACAUUUUUAGUUAAUAGUCA